AUGUUUUCAGAAAACAUUUAUAUCAACACGAACCUCAAAAAUAAAUUUGAUUCCUCAGACAUCAAAACAGAUGUGAAAGGUUCUCCUCAAAAGAAGACCUCGUCUCAUGAAAAUUGUCAUAGAUUUUCCAGGGUCCUCUUCACUGCACUCACAAUCUACUUCCUGCUCUCAACAAUCUUAUUCUCCACUGCUCUGAUCACUUUGUUUAAAAAAUAUUCUCAGCUUCUUGAAGAAAAGGCAAUCAGAAAAGAACUGAAUUAUACCCAAUUGGAAUGUACAAAGCAGCAUUCACUCUUGAAAGACAAAGUCUGGAGUUGUUGUCCAAAGGACUGGAAGGCAUUUAGUUCUCACUGCUACUUCAUUUCCAAUGACUUGGCAAAUUGGAACCAGAGUGAGGAGAAGUGUUCCAGUAUGGGCGCUCAUCUGAUGGUGGUCCACAGCAAGGAAGAGCAGGAUUUCAUCACCAAGAUCCUGAGUAAUCGUGAUGCUUAUUUUAUCGGUCUUUUGGAUCCAGGCAAUCGAAAGUGGCGAUGGGUUGACCAGACACCAUACAAUGAAAGUGCCACGUUCUGGCACCGAGGUGAGCCCAACAAUGACAAAGAACAAUGUGUUAUAUUCAAUCGACUUUCUGGUUGGGGCUGGAAUGACGUCUUUUGCAGUGAUCCACAGAAGUCAGUUUGUCAGAUGAAGAAAAUAUACUUAUGA